AUGAUUUCAGUGAGAGUUUUUGCUCUUGAUACCCUAACAUAUAUUAAAUCAAUAUAUGAUACUAAUUUUUAUGGUGCACAGUAUUUUUUAAAUCCAAACUAUAAUUAUUUAAUCUAUGUCUAAAAGUAUAAUUGUAUUUUUAUGACGCUUGAUCUCAAUACAAUGCAAUACAUAGCAUUAUCCUUACCAGCUCCAAGUACAGAUUAUCAAAGCAUAAAUUACAGAUUCUUCUUUUUAGACGAUAAGCAAACUUAUAUCUUCUUAAAUUCUAAUCUUCUUUAUAUCGGUUUGUAUGACUAAAAAACUCAUCAGCUGAUAAAUAAAAUAUCUUUAAGUGUAGCCUUUUUUCCUUAUUCAGAUGCAGUUAUAGACUAAGUUAAUAAGCUAAUAUUUUUUUAUGAUACUAACAAUUGCUUAAACCAGUAUUCUUACUCUACAAAUAAUCUUAUAUCACAAUAUCAACUUAAUUAAACUGACUCAUAAGCUUUUUAAAAACGUUUAAUAUGGGAUAGCUACAAAUAAAGAAUCAUAUUAUCUUCUAAUUUUACUGUAUAUCUUAUUAAUACUAAAAGAAAUAACAUAGAGCUUUACUAAGUAGACACUUUUGUGACUUAGCUUAGAUUUUUUUAGAAUAGAAAUAUAAUAUAAUACUCUACAUAUUAUUAAAAUGUUUUACUUGAUUAUGAUUAUUUACUUAAUAAUAAUCAAGCUAAAUUUCCUACUCAAAUAAAUCCCAGAUUCUUCCAAGUAAAUAACAAUACUUUUUUGUUACUAAAUGAUAUCAACUCUCAAGCUAAUCUCUUUAUAAAUUAAACAAUAACUUCCACUUGGAUGAGAAAUAAUUUGAAUUCAGGAUACAUUCGAAUAGUUGAAAACGAUUUGUAAAACUUACUUAUCUAUGCAAUUUUUGAUAACGAAAUAGCCAUUUUAGAUUUGAGUAAUUCACUUAUUAAUUAGAUAGACUAGCUUUUCCUUGCUUAAAAUAUUAUAAAAAUACUCUUUGAAAAUUAAGAUUAAGUUAUCCUACUUUCUUAGUCAUAACAAGUACUAUAGCUUCAAAAAAGAUAAAAAUCUGUUAAAAUCAAUGAAAUAAUAGUAUUAAAAUAAGGUAUUGCAUAGUAUUUAUUUGCUAAUAACUUAACAACAUUUUUAUUUACAGAUUUUUCUGGUAGUUAAAAAAAUUUAAAUAUUGUGAACUUAAGCUAUGACUCUAGUAAAAGUAUUUCUGGCAAUAUUAGAGCUUAAAUUGUUAUGCCUUCCAGAAUACUAAGCAUUCAGCAAUUAAGUAACUCUUAAGUUGUUAUUUUAAUGAAUAACUUGAUAAAAAUUUAUGAUUACAUUCUAAUCUCAGAAAUUGUUUCUGUAGGUUUGGAAUUUAAUGUCAAUUUUGGAAAUAUUUUAAUAGACAGUAUCUACAAAAGAAUAUUUUUGUAAAAUCACAUGGUAGGAAGCUUAGUUUAUGACUUUAAUCUUUAAAAACAUGCAAAUUCUUUUAUUAGUUCAUUCUCAACUAAUUUGUAUUUCGAUGAUAACUUUAUUUAUUCAGUCGUUUCUCACUUUGCUAACAUUUAUUUUAGAUAAGAUUUAAAGCUUUUGUUUAACUUUAGGUAUUUUAAUUCAACUUUAGAGUUGAAGAAUAUUAGAUACUUAGGAGUUGGGUACUUUUUUUUGGUUGAAUUUAUAACUAAACUCUCUGUUUAUGAAUUUUCUCCAUUUGUUUCUCUUCCUACAGAAAAAGCAUUUUUGCAAAUUAAUUAGUUUUCAAUAAUAGCAUUUUCUUUUGUAAAAAUCUAAGAAAAUGAGAAUAGCAGCAAUGAAUAUUAACUUAAUAUUAACGGAUUUACUUUAGAAGGAAUGUUUUUGUAUAGACUUGCUUUAGAUAUAUACAGCCAGCAAUAAACUUAAUCAUGCUCUUUAAAUUAUUAACUAUAGUAAUUUAAUUACUAAGAUGAUACUUCUCUCAACUAAAUGAGCUCUUAUCUUAUUAGUUAGUAAAGAAAACUUAAAGGUAUAACAAUAAAUAUAUCUAAAUACUAAAAUUUAUACCUCCCAAAACUUUAAUAAAAUGUUUUGAAUAAUAUAUUCUAACUAAUCAUCGCACCAAAAGAACAAAAUAUUAUUGUUUAUAUCAAGGAUCCAUUUAAUAUUCAACAAGGUGUUUCUUUUAUUUAAAUAAAGAAUUUAGAAAUGCAAACUGCACCUCAAAAUUAUUAAAAUUACUUGUAAAAUAAUGAUAUUCAAACUAAUCUCACUAUAAAUAAUAUAAUUUUCCCUGAUAUAAAAUAAGUUUUACUCGAAAAUAUCACAUUAACAGAGGCAAGUGUGUAAAUUAAUAAUGUAUAAACAUUGGUUAUUUAAAAAAUAAAUUUGUAGCACUAUGAAAACUAAACAUUGCCAACAAUAACUUAGAUUAAUAUAACAAAUAUCAGUAUGGUUAUUAUUACAGAAGUAAAUUUAAUUUCAUGCAAAUUUAAUUUAGGACGUCCUUUAAUAGUUCUUUAAAAUAUAGAAAAACUGCAAAUCAAUAAUAUAAAUGUAAUUAAUUGUGAUUGCUCUGGAUUUGAUUAACUUUUACUUAUAAAUUAAGUAUAAAAUGUAACUUUGAAAAAUAUUUAAAUAUCUUAAACUAACUUCAUUUAAUAAUCUUCCUUUGUCAUUUCAUCAACUUAGUUUGUUAAUAUACAACUGCUUUCAUUGUAUCAGAUAAUAUAUAAUAACCAAAUACCUUAGUUAAGAUAAUUUCAAACUAAAAAUACUAGUAGUUUCAUAUAAAAAAUAUUCUACUUUUCAAAUAAUAAAAAAGUAAAUAUUGACGACAUUUAAAUUAAUGAUUUUAAUAUUAAUAGCUCAAAUUAGUUUUCUAUUUUUGAUUUUGAACUUGUUUAUGAAUCACUAAGCAUAAAUAAAAGUUCUAUUUAAAAUGUAAAUAUUUAGAAUGAUCAAGAUGGCACAAUAUUUACUAAUUUAGGAGUUUGCAGUACUUACCUACAAUCAAUAUAACUUCAAUAAAUUAAAAAUAUGAGAUACUUACUUCUUUCAUCUUAUCAAGUUUCAGAUAUAUAAAUCAUACUAUGCAAAAACUUAACCAUAACUAAUUUAAAAGUAAAUACCUCUUAGAUUGUCCAGUAAUCUUUCAUUUAAAUUACUUCUGACAUUAUUAUUUUAGACUAAAUCCAGUUUACAGAUAUAAAUGUUUUGCUAACUGAUGCUUUAUAAUAAUUUUCCCUCAUAAAUUUAGCUGCUGAUGAAUCAAUAUUGCUUUAAAAUUCAAAUUUUAGCUCAAUAGAAAAUUCUUUAAGUAGUACUAUUUUAGUUUAAAAUUCAUAAAAUGUAAAUAUUUUAAAUACAAUUUAUUAAUAACUUUCUACAAAUGGACCUUCUUCUUCAGCUUUGAAGAUUCUUGAUUCAUAAAAUGUUAUUAUUAUGUCUAAUGCAGUAUCUUAAUGUUAAUCUUUAUAAGGUUCUGGAGCAAUUUAAAUUAUUAAUUGCAAGUAAGUAACAAUUCAAAAAAAUACUUUUUCACAAAUCUCUUCAAAAAAAGGAAAUGGAGGUGUUAUUUAUAUAUAAAAUAGCUAAAUUAGUAGCUUCGAAUACAAUUUAUUUACUUCUAAUACAGCAACUUUAGGAUCAGGAGGAGCGAUCUAUUGUGAAAAUAGUAAUUUUAAUAUUUUUAACUCCAACUAAUAUAUAAAGAACUAAGCUCUUUAAGGUUCAGGUGGAGCUGUAUUGCUAAAUAAUUGCGACAUUUUAAAAAUUUAAAACAAUACAUUCAACUAAAAUUUGGCAUUUAUUGGAGGAGGUAUCAGAUACAUUAAUCUUUAACCUUUGGUGAUAAUGUAAAGUGGAGUUAGCUUUUUAAAAAAAAAUAAUUAAUUUUACAAAAAUAAUGCUACUUCAUAUGGAAUAAAUGUUGGAUCAUAUCCUAAGUUUUUAAAUAUGAAAAACAAAAAUAAUUAAGCUUUAGAAUAAAAUAUUCUAGAUAAUGUACAAAGUGGAUAUAAAUCGCCAAUACCUAUAUUAAUUAGAUUUAUUGAUGAGGAAAUGAGAGAAGUUUCAUUUGUUAAUUUGUAGCUAUAUCCUUAACUCAGCUAAGACAUUUUAGAAGAAAUGUCAAUUUACAUACUCUAAGCAGAAAGCAGUAAUAUUGGUUUAUUAGGAGACUUAAGGCAAGUAUAUUCUUUAACGCAUUUUGCAUUUAUUUUUGACUUGUCCUAUUCUUAUUAGCCUUCAUCUAGUGCUAUUUUAAAUAUAAAGUCUGCUUAGCUCCUUCCUUAAUUUUAGACAGAUAUUUAGUAAGUAAUAUAAUCAAGAUAUAAUCUUCCAAUUACUGUCAAUUUCAGAAAGUGUUAAAUUGGAGAAAUACUCUAACAAUCUGGAAAUUACACCUUAUGUUACGAAUGCGGAUAAGGUUUCUACAGCAUUAUAGAUCCAUACUCUGCUCAAAGCAUUAAUUGUAAGAGAUGUCCUGUUGGUUCAAUUGCCUGUUAAAGUUCUUAAAUAUAAGUUUAAAAUGGAUAUUGGAGAACAGGUAAUCUUUCAGAUGUGAUAAUUUAAUGCUAGUAAUCUUAAUUUUGCAUACCAGAAGACCCUUAAUCGAAAAACGGAUGCUUAAAGGGUCAUAUAGGACCAAUUUGUUAUGAAUGUGAUGUUAAUGGCGAAAUAUGGGGUACUUAGUACUCUAAGUCCAAUUAAGUGUGCAAUGAUUGUGUACAUUUUUAUUCUGCAUUGAAUAUUAUUUUAAUAUUUCUGAUUUUUGCUUUUAUUUUAAUUCAAAUCUAUACUAAAAUUAAUAAUGAAAUGGUUCUAAUAAGAAAAUAUAUCAUGGCUAAAUAUUUAUCAAAAUUAAGAUUUGUUUCUCCUAACCUUUAAAGAACCUAAACUUCUUAAUCUUCUUUUAUUAAAAUAUUAAUUAACUACUUUUAAUUUCUAGGAAUUGUUAACAGUUUAAACAUAACAUUGCCAACUUAUUUUACGUUUUUUAACUUAACUGGGGGAGAUACCUCUUAAAUUACAAUCUAUUCUAUUGAUUGUUUACUAUUUUCUAAAAAUUUAGCAGUUCCAAAUUAUAUAGUCCGCUUGUUAUGGAUCAACUUUUAACCAAUUGCCUUAUUUAUAGUUAUUUAACUUUUUAGCUAUAUUUUCGAAAAAAAUACUUCUCACUCUUCGAGAUAGGCUGUUUACACAAACAUCAUUAAUAUAUACUUAUUUUUUCAGCCUUCUGUUGUUAAAGUUAUAACCUAAUCUCUAUCAUGCUAGGAAAUUGGCUCAUAGUCUUACAUAUCUUCUGAUUUAAAUUAUACAUGCUUAGAGAGGGAGCAUAUGAAGUACAUAUAUAUCUGCAUUUUACCUUUAGGAUUAAUUUGGAUAGUUUUAAUUCCUCUCUUUUUAUUUGUAAGGAUAAGAAAUUAUAAGCAAAAAAUGCAUACCAUUAAAAUACUCUUUAGAUAUGGUUAUCUAUAUCAGGAAUAUGUAGAUGACAAAUAUUACUGGGAUUUGGCAAGAUUAAUUAUUCGUUCUACAGGUAUAAUCGCUAUUAAUAUUUUUAACUUUUAAAUCACUUUUAAGAGUACUGUUUUAUUUGGGGUUAUGUUCUUAUUUUUACUCCUUUAGAAAAAAUUAAAGCCAUUUAUUUUGUAAAAAUUUAAUAAUCUUGAGCAGGAAUCUACUUUCUUAGUAAUAAUAACUAUUUAUUUGCUUUUUGUUGGAAGUCUCUCAGAUAACUAUAUAAUUUCUUACAUAGUCACUUUCAUUAUAGGAAUUUUAAACUUUUAGUUUGUUUUAAAAAUGUUGUAGCUAAUAUUAAUAUAGUCUAUUCCAGCAGAAGAAAAAGAUAGAAAUAUAUUUUAAAAACUUAUUUUCAAGAUAAAAUAAAAAUUUCCUUCUUACUUUUAAUGGAUUAAAAUUGGGCAUUCAUAUAAUUGUAGUCCUUUUAAAAACUGGAAAAAAGUUUCAGAAGUGAUGAAAACUAUUAAAGAAGAGUUAAAUUAAAAUGAAUUUAGUUUCAGGUAGAAAAUAAGUCUUAGCACUGCAGGAAAUAGAAUUUCAUUAGGAAUGAGUUAAAUAUUAAAAAAAAAUUAAAAAUUAAUAAAGUAAAAUAGUAAAGAUUCAUUAGACUCUCAUAUUACCACAGUAAUUAAAUUUUUAUUUUAAUAAAAUAUACAAUUUUAUAUUUUAAAAACAAACUUUAGAAGUCAUAAACAAAAGAAAAAUCAAAGUUUUAGAAAUUUGAUUUCAAAUGAGAUUUUGGUUGAAAAGUACUAUUUAGAUUUCUAUAUUAUUGAAAAUUAUUCUCACGAAAAACCAAAUUAGAAUUAAUAAACUAUUAAUUUAAUCAGUAAUUUCUAGAUUAUAAAAAAUAUAAGAUAUUAAAGCUCGUAAAUUUAAUAAAAUAAAAUAAACUUUUUAUAUGUUUGUUAAAAGCUUUUAAAAUACAUAGUUUUAAAUAAAAAUAACAAUUUUAAUGAUAAAAUCAUUUCUAAUUCCAUUAUUGUAUAAAAUUUAAUACUUUUCUUGCUAGAAAUCUAUUAAUUUAAUAAAAAUUUAAGCACUUAUUUUAUUUCCUCAUUAUUUAAGACUUUCAUUAUUUUCAUGAAAAUUGGUCUUAUUCAAAUUAAAAAAAAAAAAUUAACCUAAAUACAUACUUGA